GUUGCGAAAGCCCCUCGUCGGUGAGUACACCUUUCAUCAACCGUGCCGGUGUCGUUUGAUAGAUGUGAUGGGCGAAGCUGUCAAUGCGAGCAGAAAGGUGAGAGGUGUAAAAGCUAUUGAUGUGUACCACGCGGAAAUCAACACUCUGUUAUUGUUAAGAUUACGAAGUUUCUUGAUGAAUUAUUGCCUUAAAAUUGCUAUUGAACUAUUAUUAGAGCUUUUGUUAAACUAUUAUUACGAUAAGAUCGAACCCUAGGUUAUGCCUGACAUUGAACUAUAGCGAUCACGAAUUAACUUGCGUCCUACCUACGUCAUAUAACAGGUAAAAUUGAACAAUCUACAACCCAAAAUAGGGUAUUUGUGUAACUAAUUUGUGUAACUAUUUGUAUAGAGCUGAAUCUUGUAGCUUUCGGCACGAUCCACAUCCCUGGCUCGAACCAGAAAAACCCCAUAAAACGUAAGAUACAUGCAGCAGCGAUUAACCACUGUACUAAUAGUUCACUUGAAUCCAUUUUAGGAAAUUUUAACGUAUCGUUAAUAAAUCGUUUAAAAUUCGGAAUACUGUGUUCAUCUCGUUGCGUGAGCAACAAAUUAAAAUUUCGUUUUGCCGGGAAAAGUGGAUAUGCCGCGAUCCCUACAAGGACAUGAUGAAAACAGUUUGGAACAAAGCUGUCUCUGUGGGUUACCGGAAACCAGUCAAAUGGUUAGCUGCGAUGAAUGCCAAAGAUGGUAUCAUUUUGGUUGUGUCGGUGUGACCGAGGCCAUCGCCGAAUACGAUUGGAGCUGUCAGAGAUGCCAACGUGCCAGAGUCUCUGCUCCAAUACCGACUACGUCCCUUGCUCCAUCGACAAACCAAGUUUUGACAACCAACGCGUUAAAAAAUCCAACAGGACCUCUUUCGAUCCCGAACCCGUUUGACGGAGCAGUCGGAUAUACUCUUCCUACGGAACUGCCAACGAGUUAUGUACCGCCACCACCGCCUUCAAGUAGUUUAUGUGACCUUACACGCACGUACCGAAGCUUCAUGUCGAUUCCAAUGACACAAACGGUUAUGACAACGGCCCCGUCCGCACAGCCAACGCGUACGACCACCGCUCAACCCUGCACACUAGCCUCCGCUCCGUCUGCAUCGUCGUCGCGUCAGAAUCUCAUUUCGCAACUACCAACAGACCUUAGGACGCGCUUUUUGGAGGAGGAGCAAGCUCUCGAAAUGAAGCAUUUAGUGGAGCGAUAUCAGUUACUGAUGAAUCAAACGCCCGUCUCAGCAUCCCAUAAUGCUCCAUCUGCAUCUCACUUGGGGAAUGCAGCCUCACAGUGUCAUGUAUUUUCGGCUCAUCAACCACGCAUGGCCACUGCCAGUAUGCAGGCUGCUUCAGUUUUACCUAAUCCGCAAUAUCACUCUUCGCCGGUACACCAACAACAUAGUUCCACCAGGCCAUCGCACGUUGGUAUCGCGUUUCAAUCGCAGCCUUCACCGGUUCAAAAUUAUCCAAAUCUGCAGGAGUAUCAACACCCCAAUCCAUUGGUAGCAACCGGGUACGGGAACGAGUCAGCGUUACUUAACAGAAGUCAGAUUGCUGCGCGCCAAGCCGUAUCGAAGGAUCUACCGGAAUACAAUGGCGAUCCGGAGCACUGGCCGCUUUUUUACGGUACCUUCGAGAGUACAACCCGUAUCUGUGGAUACACUCCUGAGGAAAACAUGAUGCGAUUACAGAAAUGCCUCAAAGGUAAGGCACUCGAGGCAGUUCGAUGUCAGCUACUUCAUCCAGGAAACCUCGACAGUGUGAUGGCUACCCUCAAAAUGCUUUUUGGCCGACCAGAAAUAAUUGUGCAUUCCCUCAUCCUUAAAAUCCAGACGUUACCAGCACCGAAAGCAGAUAAGUUGAACACCUUAAUCGAUUUCGCUAUCGCGGUUAGAAACAUGGUAGCGACAGUACAGAAUUGCAACUUGGAUGAGCACCUAUGCAACAUAUCCCUUCUACAAACUCUUGUAGAUCGUCUGCCGCCGAUGAUCCGUUUGAACUGGGCAACUUACCGUCAAGGACUAUUCCGAGUCACACUCACGGAAUUUAGCGCGUGGCUAUACACGCUUGCAGAGGCGGCUAGCACGGUCACGAUUCCACAACUGCUAAACGAGCCUGAUAGACCACGUCGUGCCAGAAAAGAUGAGGGGUUUCUAAAUUCACAUUCCGAAACCUCUACAAGUGGCUAUGAUGGCGAAGGUGACUACAAAGAAAGUUGUAAGGAGUGCACGAUUUGCCAAGGGAACUGUGCAAGUAUAGAAGAUUGUAAGCAGUUUCUUAUACUCGACCACCCAGGGCGGUGGAACUUACUUCGCGAAUACAAGCUUUGCCGGAGUUGUUUAAAAAGACAUCAAGGUCCAUGCAAAUCCACCAAAGUCUGCGGAAAAUACGGAUGCACAUUUAAGCAUCACAGAUUGCUACACAACGAUGCCAAAGAGAAACGUCCGACUUUUCCUGCGGCAAGCAGUCACCAGGAACCGAUAGGCAACUCAAGCAAUCAAAAUGCUACAAACCAUACCUGCAACACUCAUCGUGGAGACAACAAAUCAGUUCUCUUUCAAUACAUUCCGGUCGUUCUACACAACCAAGGUAUGAAAAUAAGGACUCACGCCUUCCUUGAUCUGGGAUCCUCAGUAACUUUAUUAGAAGAGAGUCUGGCGGCGAAGCUGCAACUGAAAGGAGAAAAGCACCCAUUAUGUCUUCGCUGGACUGCUGAUGCUUGUCGCUACGAAGACUCAGCCACUAUUGUCGAUUUGGAUAUCUCUGGGACACGCAAUGAGGACAGCAAGUAUCGACUAUCUGAAGUGUAUACCGUUAAGGAAUUGAAGUUGCCGGACCAGUCUCUGUCGUUUGCGGAACUUUCUGCGAAGCACACCCAUCUGCAAGGAUUACCUGUGAACUCGUACUCAAACAUACAACCACGUAUCAUGAUCGGUAUGAACAAUGCUCGCAUCAUCCAUCCGAUAGAGAGCAGAGAAGGCAAGGAAAAUGACCCCAUAGCAGCUAAGACCAGGUUGGGAUGGAUGGUUUUCGGGACGUGUUUCUCUGGCGGCCAAUCAUCUUCUGCGACUAUUCCGCACAGCUUUCAUGUGUGCCACCACGUUGCAGAGACCGACAUCGAACUCAAUUCCAUGGUUAAGAGCCACUUCGCCCUGGAGGGAUUAGGAAUUUCGAAACCUGUGAAUGUGUUGCAGUCCACCGAAGAUGAGCGUGCCAUUAGAAUGAUGCGUGCUCGGACAACUUUCGAAAACGGACGAUAUCGUACUGGAUUAUUAUGGAAAUAUGACGACAUUCGUCUUCCUGAUAGUAGGCCGAUGGCACUGCGUCGGUACAACUGCCUUAUGAAGAGAAUGGAACGCGAUUCAGAGCUGGCCGCAACCCUUAAAGCAAAAAUGGAUGAAUACUUGUUGAAAGGUUAUAUUCAGCGGGGCAGCGCGGACGUCAACCACGAAUAG